AUGUCCCAACAGAUCAAUAUGAUCUCUCAGCACUUAAAUGAGGUACAGAGCUCAGCUGCUUACUCCCCAGAGAUAGCAUAUGAAGUGGACACUGGUGAUAACACCUGGACCACAAUGGAGGAGAAUAGGUUCAACAACAAGCCAUUCCAACCCUCUCAGCAGCAGAUGGAGACUCCCAUACAGAGCCUCUCUGACCUGGCUACCAUUGUCUCCAACCUCUCUAAGGCCACGCACAGUUUCAUCGCAGAAACUAGGUCUUCUAUUAGAAAUUCGGAGAUACAGAUUGGUCAGCUGAGCAAGAGGAUCCCAGAAAUUCCCUCCAUUACUCUUUCCAGCAACACUGAAGUGAAUCCAAAGGAAGAGUACAAGGCCCUCACUAUGGAGGGAGAGGCCAAACUGAAGGAGCCUGCUACUGAGGAACUGAAGGAAAUCCGAGCUCAGAAGGAGCCCAAGAAUGUCCCCAUGCACACCACAAUGAAGAAGGAGGAGCCUAAAGAACGACCCUUUCCAAGCGUGCAACAGGAGCCUGAUGAUGAGCAACUUGCUCAAUUCUUAGUAGUUCUCAGGAAACUGCAAUUCACCAUCUCUUUUGCAAAGGUGUUGGAGAAGAAUCCCCCAUCUAUGGCGAGUUUAAAGAGCAUGAUCUCUGAAAAAAAGGCCUUAAGGGGAGAUGAGACUGUGGUACUGACCAAGGAUUGCAGUGCCUUAGUUCAGAAGAAGCUAUCUCAGAAGUUGUCGGAUCCCGAAAGCUUCCUGAUUCCCUGCACUAUAGGGACCACCACCUUCGAGAAGGCAUUAUGCGACCUUAGCUCAAGCAUCAACCUCAUGCCUCUCUCUGUGAUGAAGAAGCUAGGAAUUCAAGAGGUGCAGCCUGCCAAGAUCUCAUUGGAGAUGGCAGACAAGUCCCUAUAA